AUGAAGUCACCUAUGCGAAUAAGAAUCAAUUUGUUCUUCAAACUAAAAAUUUCUUUAUUAUAUAUAUUUUUAUUUUUGGCCAUUUUUUUGUCGAUUCAAACUAAUGCGCAGCAAUUAAAUCCAGCACCGGGUCCUCGCGAUGAGCCAUGUCUUGUAGCUUAUGAAGAUAGAGUAUAUGUAUUUGGUGGGACUGGAAAUGAUGCAAAGAACAGUUGGUUUAGUUAUGUAAAAGCACCAUUUAAUACUCAAAGCUUGAAUUGGGUCGCAAUGCCUACGACUGGUUCACAUAAUGCGAGCGAAAGACCUGCUUGUGGUGUGACUUCCGCUGGUGUAUUAAUAGUGACAGGUGGUGGAUCAACUUCUGAUCCAAAUUAUAGUGGUAUACAGGCUUUUGAUCUAAGUAAAGGAGCGAGUGGUACAUGGUAUACACCACAAACUACAGGUCUUGACACUGUUAAAUACCUACAAUAUCGCAAUAGUCAUAGACUCGUUAUAUUUACCACUUCUGCUGGCGAAGAAGUGCUGUUCCAAUUUGGUGGUUCACCAUCAAACGAUACAUAUAUACUUCAUAUUUCCAAUAUGACAUGGGAAACGAUACCAAUAGACUCGACAACUCCACCGCCAAAUGGAUUAUUCGGUAUAGCAUAUUCUAAGGAUAAUGUGUAUAUAGUUGGAGGAAGUUCGGAUUUUAAUACCGGUGUGUUCGCCGAUGUAUGGGGUUUCAAUGUUCCUACACGUAAAUGGUUUGAUCCGAAAGCAACAAUGCCUAGCGCAUGGUUUGAUGGACAUAUAGGACAUCUAAAUGAUACUUUUUAUAUGGUUUCCAGUGAUACCACUGGUCCUAGCUCAGCAAUGAGAGUUUGGACGCUAUCAAACAACUCUUAUUAUACUUACACUUCCGGAUCUAUGGCCACAGUAGGCCAUUCUUAUUAUGCUAGCGCGCAACUUCAUGGCAGUGAUGCUUUAGUUUGCUAUGGUGGAAGCACAAAAAACAGUAGUGCGGCUGGUGAUAUAAAUACCUAUCUUGGAAAUACCGCUGAUUUUUUAGUCUUCAACAUGACUCAAAAAGCAUGGGUUACUAACUACAAUUAUUUGACAAAUGCACCGAUGGAUCAAUUUAUUGGUGGUCCCUUGGCUCCUAAUCAGAAUGACCCAUUCCUAAAACCCCUUACUUCAUCUUCACAAGGAAAUAGCACCAGGCCAAAUGGUUCAGCAGGAAACAAUAAUUCUAAUAAUUCAUCCAGCAAUAAUAAUUCAGCCAGCAAUAAUAAUUCUUCAUCACCUCCUCUAAUGUUAUACAUUAUCAUAGGAGGAGUCGUGAUCCUUAUAAUAGCAGCUAUUGUAGCUUUCUUCUUCUUUAGAAGAUAUCGUAAGAGACAAAAUGAAAAUUCCAAUAUUUACUCACUCGAAAAAGAAGAUACUCUUGACCAGAACCCUAAUUUAGAUUAUAAAUCCAAUAUAAAAGCAUAUCAUCCAGCUCAGUUUAAUUUAUCUCCUGAAAAAAAUCAAGAUUUGCCAAAAUUUGGAACUCAGCAUACUAUACGUGUACAUACAACUGCUAAUUCUCGAUUUAAGGAUGAAAUAUUCAGUCGUCACAAACUUACUGCUAUGGUUUAUAAUCAACCUGACGCUGCUUUCAUAAUGCCAUCUGCUCCCACUGGAACCAUCAUUCUCCAACGUUAUAGGCUUUGUGGAAAUUCUGCUUAUGGUGGAAAUAAUACAAUACGUCAAGCUAUAGAUGUACAAACAGAUGAUCAAGUUGCUAUUAAAUUUUUCCAGAAUUUUGAAUCUUUUGAACGAGAAGUCGUCAUGCUUAAAUACUUACGCUCUCGUCAUGUCGGAGAGUUGUUAGCAUUAUAUGAACUUCCUUCAAAAGAGGAUUGGCCUUAUGUUAUAAUUUUAAAUUAUUAUCCUCAAAGUAUGGAUAAUUUGAUUAUAACCAAGUUAUCCUCAAUGGAUGCUCUGUAUAUUAAACUGUUAGUUAAAUCUAUCACGCAAGCUAUUCAUUAUCUUCAUAAUAAUAAUGUUGCUCAUUUGGAUAUUAAACCCGGUAAUUUUGUACAUGAAAAGGCUGAUAAUACAGCAUGGCGUCUUGUGGAUUUUGAAGCGGCAAGAUUUGUAGGAGAAGAGUAUGUUGACGAUUGUUCACCUAUGUAUUGUCCACCCGAAGUAUUCAAUGCAGCUUUUAAUAAGCAGCCUAUAAUUGCUUCAACUUCAAUGGAUAUAUGGUCACUGGGUUGUAUAAUCUUUGAACUAUAUACAAAAACACCACUUUUCUACUCUGAAGAAGAUGCCAUUGAUAAAUUGACCAAAAGUUUUACUAAAGGAGAAUUAGUAGAUUUUCCAAUAAAUAAAAUUCCUGAUCAACAAGCUAGAAAUAUCUUGUUAAAAAUGUUGGCAGUCAAUCCAUCUGAAAGAAUCUCGUGCGAACAAAUUCUUCGUUCUGCCUUUUUAAAUUCAGGUUUGGACACUAGACAGUUGAAUACACUACACAAUGAUUCAACUGACCGUAUUAUUACCGCAGUAAACCAAAAUACCAAUACAAUUCUCUCAGUACUCCAAGAAACAACUAACCUUAUCCUCAGGCAAAUUGAUGUAGUAGUAAACAGUAUAACUGACACAAUGGAUGCUGCAACACCACGUCUAUAUGUUUUAUUACCAGGUCAAGAUGCUAAAUCUAUAUUUCGACCACAUACUUGGGGAAAGAAUACGUUUAUCUUGCACCUUCUUUGUGAAGGUCUAGAUCCAAAUAAUCAAGAAGCACAUUUUACAAGACAUAGGGGUUACGAAAUUCAUGAUCCGAAACCAUUAUUAAGAAAGGCUGGUCCAUAUCUUUCUAUAAUGGCGACACUUUGUCAUGCUUUACAUUUGAAUACUUCACCUGAUAUCAGUGGCAUGCUUUCUGGCGUUUCAACUCGACCUACUGAAUAUUUUAAGCAACUAACGAAAAUGCUUGAUUCGGAAAUUACAAAUCCAGCAGAAACAAGAGAUAUUGAAAGAACAAGAAAGGAUCCUGUUGGUCGAAUGAAAGUUGUUCAAGGUGCUGCAUUACGAGAACUUGAGGCCUUUUUAGCAAUGAAUGAUCAAGGAAAAGAGUGGGGUGGUCUCCAACGUGUUGUAUUGGAAAAUGGAAGAUGGAGAUGGGUAUGCGAACAUUGUCAUAGUCGGUUAGAGACUUAUGAAGAUUCUUAUUCUGUUGAAGAUGAUGAUAGUAGUUUCGGAAUGGCCAUAUGA